UGCAUUCCCCGAAAUAGACAAACUCUCCCAUCCCCUCCGCGCCGCUGCACGCCCACCCAUAGCCUAUAGCCGGUAGAUACUUUCAUCAAACAUAGCACACAGGAUCGCGCCGCCCGCGUGAUAAGGAGCCGACGAAUCCACCUACCUACCCGCAUUCGUGCGCCAGCGCCACCCCGUGCCAUCGCCGCUGCGUCCGCGAGCCACACCGCCAUUCGUGAGGGAGGGAGGGGAGCAAUGGGCGCGGGGAUGGAGGCGGAGGAAGGGGUGAUGGCGACGGACUUCUUCUGGUCGUACACGGACGAGCCGCACGCGUCGCGCCGCCGGGAGAUCCUGUCCAAGUACCCGCAGAUCAAGGAGCUCUUCGGCCCGGAUCCGUGGGCCUUCCUCAAGAUUGCUUUGGUUGUGUCGCUUCAGCUAUGGACUGCUACAUUCCUCCACGAUGCUAGCUGGGUGAAGCUACUGACGGUGGCCUACUUCUUCGGCUCCUUUCUAAACCACAACCUGUUCCUCGCCAUCCAUGAGCUGAGCCACAACCUCGCCUUCACAACCCCAUCCCUCAAUCGCUGGCUGGGCAUCUUUGCAAACCUCCCCAUCGGCGUCCCCAUGUCUGUCACGUUCCAAAAGUACCACCUGGAGCACCACCGAUUCCAGGGCGUGGACGGCAUCGACAUGGACAUCCCCAGCCAAGCAGAGGCGCACGCCGUGAGGAACGCCAUCAGCAAGUCCGUGUGGGUGGUGCUCCAGCUCUUCUUCUACGCGCUGCGCCCGCUCUUCCUGAAGCCGAAGCCCCCGGGCCUGUGGGAGUUCACCAACCUUGCGGUCCAGGUCGGCCUCGACGCCAGCCUCGUCUGCCUAUGCGGCUGGAGGUCCCUGGCAUACCUGAUCCUCUCCACGUUCGUUGGCGGCGGCUUGCACCCCAUGGCGGGCCACUUCAUCUCGGAGCACUACCUGUUCAGCCCGGAGCAGGAGACGUACUCGUACUACGGGCCCCUGAACCUGAUGGCGUGGCACGUCGGGUACCACAACGAGCACCACGACUUCCCCAGGAUCCCAGGCACCAGGCUGCACAGGGUGAAGGAGAUCGCGCCGGAGUACUACGACAACCUCAAGUCGUACAGGUCCUGGAGCCAGGUCAUAUACAUGUACAUCAUGGACCAGACGGUCGGCCCUUUCAGCCGGAUCAAGAGGAAGGCGCCCAAGAAAGACUCGUAGUUGUAGCGUCGUCGUAGGCUCAAUUUUGUUUGUCACGUAUCAUAUGAACUCCUGGAGAUGUCUAUGUUUGGUGUACGCAUUUCGAUUCGUUGGAACACCCUGUUACUGAUAUCAAUAUAUUAACUCAUUUCGCGACUGAUUUUUUCA